CAUCUCUGAGCUUCCUCAGUGCCCCUAUGAGACGGACAUAUUCCUGUCACACACACUAGCGCCCACAUCAUAUUCCCUCUCUCUCUCUCCCUCUCUCUCUCAGCCUGUCAGUCUCCCCUGGAACAUACCAUUACGGUUCAGCUUGCGGGGGGGGAAGGGGGGUGCUUUCUUGUUGCUAUUGCUUCUAAGAACGUGAUUCUGGGCCCAUUAACUAGUAGGAGGCCUUUGCCUAAUUAAGUGUAGCCUAGUUCUGCCUCUCAAGCCCCCCGUCCUUCUACUUUGAAGCACCCCUAUUUUCUUAGUGUGGUGAAGCGACCCGUACCGCCUCUCUGCUGGCUGCCAUCUUGUCCGGAUCUGGGGGCCGGGCCGCCUCCACCGGAACCACUGGACCGAGACUAUUACUAUAAACUGGUGGAACGUUAAUACCUGAGCCAGGACUUUAGCCGUACAGAGGAAGGGACUUUUUUUGUGGGGGAUAACCGGAUACAGAGCGGCCUGGGACAGGCGGAGUGUGACUGAGCCGGCAGCGGAGAGGCCGGGGGACCGGGGGUAUGAGCGGCUGGUAGAAGGGGCCGGUUCCCCGGGAGGGGGGCCGGUGCUGAGUCCCUUGGCGAGAGUGGAAUCGCGAUACCGAGGGGCCAGUGAGGGGGGAGUCUCUCCGGGACAUCAUGGCUUCCAACUGCAGCAGCGGAGGCGGCGGCGGCGGCGGGGUUAUUGCCGCUAUCGGUAGCGCUAGCAAGACUAAAACCAAGAAGAAGCAUUUUGUGUGCCAGAAAGUGAAGCUGUUCCGGGCCAGCGAGCCGCUCCUGAGUGUACUCAUGUGGGGGGUGAACCAUACGAUCAAUGAGCUGAGUAAUGUUCCCGUCCCUGUCAUGCUGAUGCCUGAUGACUUUAAAGCCUACAGCAAAAUUAAAGUGGACAAUCACCUUUUCAACAAGGAGAACCUGCCAAGCCGUUUCAAAUUCAAGGAGUACUGUCCCAUGGUCUUCCGAAACCUGCGAGAGAGGUUUGGAAUCGAUGAUCAGGAUUACCAGAACUCCUUGACCCGUAGUGCUCCAGUAAAUAGCGAGAAUCAAGGCCGAUUUGGCUCGCGGUUUCUUACCACUUAUGAUCGGCGGUUUGUUAUUAAAACAAUAUCUAGCGAGGAUGUAGCAGAGAUGCAUAAUAUUCUAAAGAAAUACCACCAGUUUAUAGUGGAGUGUCAUGGCAAUACCCUGCUUCCUCAGUUCCUUGGGAUGUACAGACUCACUGUGGAUGGAGUGGAGACUUACAUGGUUGUCACCAGAAAUGUUUUCAGUCAUCGACUUGGGGUCCAUCGCAAGUAUGAUCUGAAGGGCUCCACGGUGUCUAGAGAAGCAAGUGACAAAGAAAAGGCCAAGGACCUGCCUACGUUUAAAGAUAAUGAUUUCUUAAACGAGGGGCAGAAGCUGCACGUUGGGGAGGAGAACAAGAAGAUCUUUCUGGAGAAGUUGAAGCGAGAUGUGGAGUUUUUGUCUGUGCUGAAGAUAAUGGAUUAUAGCCUGUUAGUGGGGCUGCAUGAUGUGGACCGUGCGGAGCAAGAAGAAAUGGAGGUGGAGGAGAGGGCAGAAGAGGAGGAGUGUGAGGAUAGCUCAGGGAACCCCAUCUGCUCAUAUGGAACACCCCCAGACAGUCCUGGCAAUCUCCUCAACUUUCCACGAUUCUUUGGACCUGGAGAGUUUGACCCGUCCGUGGAUGUGUAUGCAAUGAAGAGCCAUGACAGUGCUCCCAAGAAGGAAGUGUACUUCAUGGCGAUCAUAGAUAUUCUUACGCCCUACGAUGCCAAGAAGAAAGCUGCACACGCCGCCAAAACUGUAAAGCACGGGGCUGGGGCAGAAAUCUCCACAGUGAAUCCGGAGCAGUAUUCCAAACGCUUCAUCGAGUUUAUGUCCAACAUCCUCAUGUAGCGCCGUCCUCUGCACUUGUCCCUCUCCUCCUCCUCCUCACACAUCUUUUUGCCCAGAGAGAUUACCGUGACGCCUUCAGCUGGUGUACGAGAGUCUGCAUGAGUGUGAAUGAGCUGCAUGCCCUGUCCUGUUCCUACCGACGCCCCCGUAUCCAGGGAUGGAUCUCGUGACUACCCCGUCUGCGUUUUUUAGAUGAUUUUAAUAUUAAAACUAAAAAGGUCACUCUGAUGGUUACAUCAGCUUACAAGUUAGACUGCAGUCGUAGAGAGGUCAGUAUGUAUAAUGCCCAUAUUAGUAUUCUGUGUUAAAGCUGUAGGUCUGUUGCUAAACUAUAAGUCUCUGCGUCCUGCAACUGCCAAGCCCCUUGGAGGAUUUUAAGAGUUUUAGUUCAGCAACUUAUCAAGCAAAGGUUUUCAGACAGUUUGGUUUUAAGCCCUUACAUUUUGUGGUUUGGCAGUUGUUUGGCCCCCUCUUACUUCAGGUAUUCACCACCAAAUAUCACCCUAACCCCCUCCAAUAUUGAAUUUUCCCCCCCUAGGUGGGGGGGGGGAUUUCUUUGAGAGAGGGUAACCUCCUUUUUUAAACCUUUCUCCCUUACUUACAGUUGCUUUUUUGCUCAUAAACCAUUGACUUCUAGUCAAGCUCCCUAUUUCUAGUUUCUUAAUAAAUAAAUAAAUCUAUUCCCUAGAGCUAAAGCUACCCAAGGCUCUCCAUAGAAACCAUCAGAAUGUCAUCCGGCAGCGGGGGAGAGCCAGAAGUCUAGCGAUUAUAUUUAUAGACCGAACAUAUACAUAGCAUAGAAACAGUACAGUCAUUUUCUGGUAUUAAAUGUUUUAUAUUUUCACUCAUUUUAUUGAUGACAAAGGACACAAUGCUCACCCAAAUAUCCCACCUUUUAAACUGGAAUUGCCAUUUCCAUGCCCUUGAACUUAAUGCAGUAAAUAUAGUACAUUCAGGAUGCUUUUGAGGGAGGUUGCUAUGCCCAAACAUUGGUAGGUUCCUGGCCAUUGGGUAGGUCUAUAGAGUUCUCAGCAGGCUGUAUAGUAAAUAGUCAAAAGCCUGUGCUUUGUGCUAUGAUAAAGUCAGCACCAGGCUCCUCCACCUUACUGCAUGGGCAGUUCUAAAUUUCCCCUUUGUUGCCUGGUUGCCAGGGUCACUGAUCCUAGAAACCAUAAAGGAACAAACGCCUCCUUAGCUUUUUUUUUUUAAAAAGAUUUUACAUUUCUGUUCUUUCUCUCUUCCAUUCCAAUAACUACCCCCUAUUGGGCUGAUAAUAUCCUUACCCAAGGGACUAAUGUUCUCUCCCACAAUCCUUUGUCUUUACCCAAACUGUCUGUUCAUAAAGAGAACCCCAAAUAUUCCCUAUGCAUCUCCUGCUUGCCCAGGGCACAACUAACCAAUGAAUAGGUUUGAGGAUAGGGUAAGCAAUUUAACACCGUGUGUGCUGGUUCCCAGGUAGUAUAGGCUAAAGAAGGAAUGGGCAGCCUCCCUAUAAAGCAUCUGUUGUUUCAUUUAGGAGCAGCUUAUACAGCCAGGUACAUAAAUAUUUGGUCUUCGCUUCAAUUGCAUCAUCUUUAAUCCAUUAUGGUUGGGCCCGGAGUCAGUGACCACAUAUUGACAGACCUAUUUUUUUUUUUCAGUUCCACUUAAGGGUAUCUGUAAACACUGCCAACAAUAUAUUCCUCCUACAAAUGUUUAUUUAGUAGUUGCCCCCACCACUAUGGCAUAAUGCCCCAGCCCGGGGCAGCGUUUGGCAGCGAGUGUGUUACACCCUUUCCUCCCCCUAGUGGACGGCUGCAGAAUAGCUAAUCGGAUAGAGCAAGCGGCUGUUCCUUCCCCAAGUCUUUAACGUAAAGUGUUCUGUACUCUGUUUACAUAAAAGUUAGCAUUCUGUUACAAAUGCUCAUUGUUUAGACAGUAUUGUUUUAUUAACAUGACGCUAAAUUGUUUUUUUUUUUUUUAUUUGUAAGAAAAAAAGGGAUUUUUAUGCAUUUUUGUUUUGGUUCAAAAUCUCUUAGGUCAUCUUUUACUUUGGAACAUGUAUGUAUUUAAGAAAUAUUAAUCAUUGUAUAUCUGGUUGUCUGUUUUUAUUUUUUUAAAUUGUUGGACUGAAUGUGAGCAUUAACCAUUGGUCCUUCCCACCUUUGCCCUUACAUCACGGGGGAGGGGAAAAUGCACCCGCAAUAAACAUGGGGGAUCAGGCGGGAUAAUCUUCCUGACUUCCAGCUGCACAGUGGGAUUGGUACCUUGCACCGGCAGUGAACGGGUUAAUGUUUCCAACCUUGCCAUUCCUCCUACCCCUCCCAUCAAAAUGUACAAUUUAAUAAAGUGAGUGAUAUUGUU